UGUGUCUGGAUUCAUCCGUCAGAUGUCUGUGAUCUCACACUGGACCCAAACACAGUAAACAGACUCUUCUCUCUGUCUGAGGAGAACAGAAAGGUGACAUGUGGGAGAGAGGAGCAGCCGUAUCCUGAUCACCCAGAGAGAUUUGAGGACUGUAGACAGGUGCUGUGUAGAGAGGGUCUGACUGGGCGCUGUUACUGGGAGGCAGAGUGGAGUGGUGAACAGGCUGAUACAGGAGUGACAUAUAAAGGAAUCAGCAGGAGAGGAAGGCUUAAGGACUGUGUGAUUGGAUACAAUGACAUAUCCUGGAGUAUGUUAUGCUCUGACAACAGCUACACUGCCUGUCACAAUAAUAUAAGGACUACCAUAGACGUCCCCUCCUCCAGCUCCCACAGAGUAGGAGUGUAUUUGGACUGGCCAGCCGGCACUCUGUCCUUCUAUAGAGCCUCCUCUGACACACUGACCCACCUGAUCACAUUCACCUCCACAUUCACUGAGCCCCUCUAUCCAGGGUUUUGGGUUGAUUUUGAGUCCUCAGUGUCCCUGGAAAUAGUAACCUGACACACACACACACACACACACACUGACACACACACACACACACCUACACACACAGGACACACAGGGCACACACACACGCACUGGACACACACACACACAGAACACACA